CCACUGUUACCAAAACGCCAUCAAGAAAAAACCCAACAACCCAAAAUUGCAAACCAAUCAGCAACCCACCACCACAACUUGAUCAACAAACCACCAGCCCAACCACUGCCAACGACUUUAUAAGUUAUACUAGCUAUUGGUGCCAUUGAGCUUAUGAGUCAUAAUGACUUUAUAAGUUAUACUAUAGCUACCAAGUUGCCACCAAGAGGGUCCGGUUUGUGAAUCUUGAGCUACCACGUACCAAGUUGGCACCAAUAGCUAGGGGCGCGUGAGUGGGGCAUGAUGUAACUAACAACCAAACCGCAUGAUAUGAAUGUAUCAAUUAUGUUGUGUUUUAUAACCAAUGGUGAACUUUCUGCCCCUAGCUAUUGGCAUUUUUAUAUUAAGUAUAUUUACCAAUGGAUACAUUUGAACAUGGGAAUUUGUAUACUUAAGAAAUGCAUUUAGUCAGAUAGAGUAGAUGGUGUGGCGGCUUUGCAUAUCUAUGAGAAGCUUUUUAUCUUCCUCUUUUCUUCUCUCUCUCUAGCCCUUCUGUAAUAUCUCUCAUUGCACUUCUAUUUUGUUAAUGAAUCCCAUAUAGAGAAAAAAUUGAAGUCAUGGUAGGAUCAUCACCUCUUCUAGCUUCAGCUUUUUGUGAUGCUUGCAUCUUUGGCCAACUUUUUGAGUUAGCUCAAAAUCGAACCCAAGCUGCUACAGAUCCUGCUGAAGUGACAGCACUGAAUACAAUAUUUCAAAAAUGGGGGAUCUCAGCAAAUUCAAAUCAAUGGAAUAUAAGUGGGGAACCAUGCAGUGGAGCAGCCAUCGACUCCACAAGUUUUGACGACCAAAACCACAACCCCUUUAUCAAAUGUGACUGUUCGUACAAUAGUAUCUCGCCACAUAACCCAAUUGAAUUUGGGCCAAAAUUACUUGACUGGUAACUUGUUUGUAUCCAUCGGCAAACUAUAUUGCAUGCAAUACCU